UCCGUCCGAAUGUUCUGGCGCCUCCGCGAGCAGUGGGGCGCCCCGAGGCAGCGUGUGGCGGGCUCUGGACAGGAGACUCCAGGACCCCGUGCAGCUGCCUCCGUCCUCUGUGCUGGACCCCAUCGCCCCUCCCAGCGCCGCCUCCAGAGCCCUCAUGCCUCUGUGAGAGCAGCGACAAUGGACCAAUCUCUGGCUGCCGGCCCUGAGAUGAGAAAUGUUCCCUCAGAAGGGAUGGUGUCAUUUGAAGAUGUGGCUGUGAACUUCACGUGGCAGGAGUGGCGGUACCUGAGUGAAGCUCAGAGGACCCUGUACCGGGAUGUGAUGCUGGAGACCUGCAAUCACCUGGUGUCCCUAGGGCACUGUGUUACCGAUCCUGAGGAGAGCAUCAGGUCGGAGCAGGGAUUACAGCCGGGGACUGUGGACGAUCCCCCAAACCAGGACCUCUCAGAGAGCUGGGGUGGAGGACGUGGACGCCGCUCGGGGUGCCGUCUAGCCGUGACUCUGCGCACCAGCAAUGUGUGAGAGAACUGGUUUCACUGUAGCCUCACCAUCAUUGAAUGUUAUCAUGUUUUAACCAUUCUGGUAGGUAAGUAGUAGCUCUCAUUUUGGUUUUAAUUUGAAUUUAUGUAAUGGUUAAUGGUAUUGACUCUUAUCAUGUAUCUGUAUGAUAUCUGUAUAGCGUCUUCAGUUAAUUGUGCAUUUCGUUGCCCGUUCUCUUCUGAAUUAUUUGUCUUUUCUGUCAAGUUUUGAGGGAUUUUUAAAAAAAGAUUUAUUUAUUUAUGCAUACAAGAACUGAGGUGUAAGCCAGAGGUGUGGGAGGUAGGAGGAUUCAUCAGAGAGAGAGUGGGGAGCAGAACAAAUCUAUGUACUGAAACACAUUGCUGAGAGGAGCAGCAGGCGAGACAGGAGGGGUCUGCUUUGCCAUGUGGGUAGCUCCCUGGCCAGGGAUCAAAUUCAGUAAUAAUCCCUGCACCACCAGGGAGGCCCAGUUUUGAGAGAUUUUUUUGCAUUCUAGAUACAAGUCCUUUAUUAUGUAUGUAAAUAUUUUCUUUUAGUCUGUAAUGUGUGUUUUCAUCCUCUCAACAGAGUCAUCCACAGAGCAAAAGUAUUUAAUAUUCUGGAGUCCAAUUUAUCAAUAUUCAAUUUUAUAUAUAGUGCACUUGAUUUCCAGUUUAAU